AUGACUGUCUGCGCCAUGUUCGGGUGCAAGAAUCGCAUGCACAAAGGCUGUGGGAAGCAUUUCUUCAGGUUCCCCAUGAAAGACCCGGAACGCCUCCUCAGGUGGAUCGAGGCCGUGCAGCGGGAUGACUGGAAACCAUCAGUUCACAGCAAAGUCUGCAGUGACCACUUCACAGAGAAUGAUUACAUGAUCCGCCCUGGGGCGGCCUGCCCUUACCUGCGGACGGACGCAGUGCCUAAGCCUCUGUUUACGCAACGCAAGAAAAAGACCAAGAAGAGGAAAUGCACAAAAAAUUCUGCAAGUGGUGCCCCAGUAUCUAAUGAAAUGGAAGGUGAGAUGCAGGUGGAGGAGGAUCAGAGCGAGAGCCAGAUGAUUGACCACCCGGUGGAAGAUUUGGUAAUGCAGGAUGCGGCAGCACCAAGCGAGGAGACCCAGGAACCACCAAAACAAGAUCAGACUCCAGCAACAGAACCUCAGAGCAAGGAGAAGGAAGCCGAAAAACCAGACAUGGCAUCAGGGGCAGCUGAAAUGGACAGCACGCAGGAGAAAGGGGCGGAGGUUCAAACACAUGGAGGGGAAUACACAGCAGAAACACAAAGCCAAGAGCAAAUAGAAACCUGUGGACCUGCCAUGGCAGAAGAAGCAGAGAAGCAGAUCCUGGAAACAAGGGGUAAGCAACCACCAAGGCAUGACAGAAUGGCAGAGAUUGACGACAACAUCACUACACAAAAUGAGAGGCAAGUGGCUCUAAUAUUAGCCGAACUGGAGGACACGCACUGCGAGAUGCGUGCUGCGGAGGCCAGGGCCGCUAGAGAGGCCGCAAGCAACCAUAACCAAUGCUCUGAUGAAAACAUGUCUAUAAAUGAGGCCGCUAGCAGCAACAGCCAGUCCUCAAGUGACAAUCCGGCAGAUUAUAUCCCAUUUGACCACGCAUAUACAACACUAACUAUGAGCAACAAGGAGAACGACAUUCCAGCGUCCAGCCCGGCCCCAGUCUUAGCCCCAGCCCUUGCCUCUGCCUCUGCCCCCACCCCCGUCCCCAACCCUAUUGUGAACCCAAAAAUUGUUAAACUACGGAAGAAAAUCAAGACUUUACAGAAGCAGGUGCUGCGGCAGGGAGUGAAGAUAAAGGGCCUAAAACAGACGCUGGUGGAAUUACGACGGAACAACCUGUCCGAGAAGGACCCGGAGCGGGUGAUAUCAGAGCACUGCAGUGGACUGGCACUGGCCCUCUUUACGACCCAGCUGAAAAACCACAGGAAAUACAGUGCUAUGCAGUACUGCAACCUCCUGAAGGACUUUGCCUUAAGUUUGUACCAAACUUCCCCAAAGGCGUACAAGUUCUGCAGGCUGUUUCUGUCCCUGCCACACCCAGUGUCGCUGAGGCACUGGAAGACUUCACUUGAAACCAACCAGGGGGCGCUGCAGGAGGUGAUAAUGCAGGCAGAGGCAGAACAGGGCGAGGACCCGCAAGGCGAGGUGUCACAGGAGGAUAUCUUGGCUGGGGCAUUGAAGGCCGUGGCAUUGCAAUCUGAGACUGGGAGAGAAGAGGAGCUGCAGAAUGAAGCCCUGCCAGAGACACAAACGCAGUAA